GCAUCUUGCAAAAUCUGACACAUACCCGCUUAUCCUCAUCUGAACAUACACUAAUAGCAAUGCACUUCAAGACCAUUGCCAUCCUCGCUGCCUCUGCCGGCUAUGCCACAGCCACCCUCGACCUCCUGUCAGGCAGGCCGCUGUCCGAGGCAUUGUUUGGUCUGACUCCAGCCCAGGUUAAGAACAUUGAUAACCGCAUCAUGCGCGCAGAGACCAACAGCAUGGCCGCUGUCGCCAACGCCUACAGCAAUAUUGGGAAGACCCUGAUCCAGAUCUUCACUGAGGUCGACAAGAACAGCGCCCCGGCAUUCAAUGAUGCUGCUGCUGCAGUCUCCAAGGCAUUCACUCCUGAAGUCAGAGCCAAGGUCAAGAAGGCCAUUACCACCAUUGUCGAUUCGACCCUGGCGGCCGCUCUCUAAUCAAACACCCGCUUUCGAAUAAAUCUGAUCAUUUAUUUUCUACCAAGGCUGGAAAUCGGCACUAAUGCUGUGCGAUUUGCUCGGUGCCUGGCCAAGAAAAGCAGGACAGCAUGUGUAUG